GGUGGGGAGGGGCAUUGGUUCGGAGAGAGAGGAAGCUACGAGGCCUGCACGAGAAAAAAAAAAGAGAGCUAAUCUACAAACUACAGGCAGGAGUGGCCCAGUUACCGUCUAUCGCGCUGAAAAACAGCCGAGUGCUCAUUUAACGUGGCGACGGAGAUUUACUUUCGAGCGGUGCGAUAAGGUCGUUGUUGGACAUUUUUACACGCGCGUGUUCACCUGCAUCCGGGAGGCGCGGUAGUUGUCACUUCUCAAAGCCCCCGUAUUGCUGCAGGAUCAACAAUAACAAGUGCUGAGCGUCAGAGACUGAACCAGGCCCCGGGUCUGUGCUAAAACAUCACCGGGAUGGUUUGUGUCGGUGUGGUGAGUAAUUUGGCCCGGUGAAACUCGGGCAGUAUGAGCCAACAGAUAAAUCCCCAUCUCAAACCCUAGCCUCAGAAACGCAGCAGCCGGAGUGAAGCGGAGACCGGACAUGGCGUCAGAAGAGGCCUCCUUGCGAGCACUAGAAAGUCUUAUGACUGAGUUUUUCCACAGCUGCACUACUAAUGAUCGCAAAAGAGAGAUCGAAGAACUGCUGAAUAGUUUUGCUAGCCAGCCGGGCUCCUGGAGACACUGCCUCUACUUUCUCUCCAAUAGCAGAAAUGAAUACGUCAUGAUGUAUAGUCUUACAGUAUUUGAGAACCUGGUCAACAAAAUGUGGGUCGGUGUAGCCAGUGAGGAUAAAGCAGAGCUUCGUAGCUGCUUGCCAAAGUUGUUGCUGUCCCAGCAUGCUGUGUUGCCCUUCUUCAUCAGAAAUAAGCUCUGCAAAGUCAUCGUGGACAUUGGACGCCAGGACUGGCCAAUGUUCUACCAUGACUUCUUUAGCAAUACUUUACAGUUGGUGCAGUCAGCUACUCUUGCACCCCUGGGGUUGGUUCUGUUGAAGAUGACCUCAGAAGAGCUGGUGUGCCCGAGGGAAGAUUUGAGUGUUGCCAGGAAAGAGGAGCUGAAAAAACUCCUACUGGAACAGAUACCCACUGUAUUAAACCUACUGACCGGUAUUUUAGAGACUGUCUGGGAUAAGCAUAGUGUGUCUGUAACGACGCCUCCUCCAUCACCUACAUCAAGAGAGACUGGUGUACUGACAGGUGACGCUACUCCGCUGGGACUGGAGUCAGAGAGUAGCACAUUGUGUCUGCUGGCUCUGGAGUGCUUGGCUCAUCUCUUCAGCUGGAUCCCUCUUUCCUCCUCCAUCACACCAGCCCUCCUGGCCUCCAUCUUUCACUUCGCUCGUUUCGGCUGCCAGCUGCCAGUCAAAGCCAAGCCUCCACCCACUUCCAAUGGAGACUCUGCCCCCGGCAGUCUGUUAGCCAAUGGGAGCCAGGGAAGGACAGGACACAUGGUGGACCAUGCUAAGCGAGCCCAGUUAGGCAUCAUGGCUAUGAACUGCAUUAACGAGCUGAUGUGUAAAAACUGCGUGCCACUGGACUUUGAGGAGUUUCUGCUCCGCAUGUUUCAACAGACUUUUUACCUCCUACAGAGACUCACAAACUCGCACACCAACAUACACACAGUCAAAAACAGACUGCAGGAAUUGGAUGAAAGUUAUUUGGAGAAGUUCACAGAUUUUCUGCGACUCUUUGUAAGUGUUCAUCUAAGGAGGAUCGAAUCCAACGCUCAGUUUCCUCUAGUGGAGUUUCUGGCUUUGCUGUUUAAGUACACCUUCAACCAGCCGACCCAUGAGGGUUACUUGGCUUGCUUGGAUAUAUGGAGCAUAUUCCUGGAUUACCUAACCACCAAAAUCAGGAGCCGACUGGACGACAGGGAUAGUGUGUUAAACAGGUAUAAGGACGCUUUAGUGUUGCUACUCAGAGAGGUCCUGAACCGCAUUCAGUUCCGGUUGAACCAGAGUCAGCUGGAGGAGCUGGACGACGAGACCCUUGAUGACGAUCAACAAACUGAGUGGCAGCGAUAUUUGCGUCAGAGUUUGGAGGUGGUUGCCAAGGUGAUGGAGCUGCUCCCUUCUCAGACCUUCUCCAUUCUGUUCCCAGUGCUUCAAGAGGACUUAGACAUUUACCUUGGACUGCAGCAGUUCAUCGUUACCACAAGAACUAAUCGCAGGUUGAACAUCACGGCAGAAGCUGAUUGUAGGAAGCUGCACUGCGCACUGAGAGAUUUGAGCUCCCUGCUGCAGGCCGUAGGGCGUCUGGCCGAGUUUUUCACCGGAGACGUCUUUACCGCUCGCUUCAACGAUGCCUUGGCUAUAGUCCAAAGGCUUGUGGAGGUCACUUGCUAUGGCUCUCAGAUCAGUCUGUAUGAUGUGGAAAUGGCCGUCCCUUCAGUUCUUAAACCUGACCUUAUAGAUGUCCAUGCUCAGUCAUUGGCUGCACUACAGGCGUACUCUCAUUGGCUGGCACAAUUCUGCAGUGAAGUACAGCGGCAGCAGAAUCAAACACAAUUCGUUGACCUCAUCACAUCAUGCAUGGCUGCCACUACACCCCUCAUUAACGCCAAGGUUCCUGAGAAAUUACUGUUAUCUGCUUGCCAUCUUCUGGUAUCCAUGGCGACAACAGUGCGUCCCGUGUUCAUGGUGUCAUUAUCUGCGGUACAGAACGUCUUCAAUCUCAUCACAGAAAACCACAAUCACAGGCUGCCUCAGGAGGCUCAUGUGCUGGUGUGCAGGGCUUUGUCGAACAUGCUUCUUUUACCGUGGCCAAGUCUACCAGAGGCAGAACAGCAAUGGCCAAGUCGAUCAGCCAGUCAUGCACGUUUAAUCAGCACCAUAACACAUCAGUACCGCCUACUGCCCCGCCCACCGGACCACCAUCACAACAGUAAAGUGGUGCUGCAGCAGACCCUGUGUGUACUGAAGGAUCUGGUGGACAGCAUAUCGGGUGAAGCCACAAAAUCUCGGCAGAUAUGUUACCAGAGCCUGCAGGAGUCUGUCCAGGUCACUUUGGCUCUGUUCCCAUUGUACAUUCAGCAGCCUGAUGUAACAGAUGAGAUGCUGAGUUUCUUCCUCACACUAUUCCAGGCACUCCGGGUGCAGAUGGGAGUCACAUUCACUGAGCAAAUCAUUCAGACUUUUCUCAGCAUGUUCACCAGGGAGCAGCUGGCAGUCAGCAUCCUCCAGGAGGGCAGUGCUGGGUCAAAAGUUGUUGAAAAAUUCCUCAAGAUUCUACAGGUUGUGGUUCAGGAGCCUGGUCAGACCUUUAAACCAAUGUUACCCAGCAUCCUCAGCCUUUGUAUGGAGCAGGUGUACCCUAUAGUGGCAGAUCGCUCCUGUCCAGACGUGAAAGCUGAAAUGUUCGAGCUGCUCUUCCAAAUCCUCCAUCAGAACUGGAGGUUCUUCUUCAAGACCUCAGUCCUAAACAGUGUUCAGAGAACAGGAGCAGAAGAACACAUGGAGAACGAGGCCCAGUUCACUGCUGCUAUGCAGGCAUUCGGACAGUCCUUCCUGCAGCCUGAUAUCCACAUCUUCAAACAGAACUUGAGCUAUCUGGAGAUUCUUAACACAAAACACAAACUGUACCACAGGAAGCUGUUCAGGAACUCCAUGCUCUUCCAUUUCAUCAAUGUGCUGCUACAAGUACUUCUGCAUAAGAGCCAUGACCUCUUGCAAGAUGACAUCACUCUGGCGCUCUACAACAUGGCUGCUGUAGAUUUCCCAGCUUUUUAUUCCUCCUUUCUGCCAGAGUUCCUCAACGGCUGCCAAGGCCUUGACCCUCACCAACGCACAACGCUCGCCCGCAACUUCACACCAGAGAGGGACCUGCCAUCAUUUUCUCAGGGAGUGUAUCGCCUGGUGAAUGACCUGCGUUUCUACAGACUGUGCAAUGGUAGCCUGCCUCCAGGAACGCUGAAAUUAUAGCGAUGUUCCCGGCUAAGUGCAAAGCCAAACAACGUCUCGUCUUCACGAGGAAAGCAGAUCACUUCCACUCAAGUGAUCAAGCCACGCCCUCUGCCAGGACCCAGCCUAUGAUCUCUCAGUAGUGGCGUGUUAUCAGAACCACACCCGUUGCAGGGUUUGUUAGCUUUUUUUUUUUUUUUUUAUGUUUAUUUCAGCAAAAGUUCACAUUGCCAAUGAUCAUGAGGCCAAAGUGUACGUUCCACUGCUGCAAUGGUGAGUAGAGCUGAAGAGCUGAAAACAGUUUAAGUUAAGUGCACAUUUAAGCACUAGUGGAGGGGUUUGUAAGCACUGUGGCUUAAGGUUUGAAUCCUUGUUCUUUUGAAAGUGCCAUGAGAAAGCACUUGGCUGCAGUUCAGAUGAGCGGUUCUGAUUUAAGAAAAAGUUGAACACGGUUUGUCAUGGACGCUCGAUUGGGUCAUUGGUGACUAAAACAAUGUGAGUAUGGUUUUAAAAUGGGACUGCUAUGAUUCAGAGCGCCAAAUUACGUUGUUGGUUUUUUUCCCCCUGAUUUUAACGCCUUCAUCCUCAUGGAGACGAACUCUCACUCCUUUCAUAUCAUUCCAUCCUGAUUCAGGAGAUAGACCUUCAAUAAAGUUUUAUAAGGAAA